AUGACUCCUUCGGCAAAGAGACGCACACUCAAUACGCACUACUUCAUGCCUCCUCAUGUGCGUGUUGUUGAGCUCAUGACGAGUGGAAAUACAGCCCCAGAAAUCAUGUCUUUGCUUGUUGAUCGCAUGAAAACAGUUGGGCUAAAGCCUUUUGUGGCAAAGAGGGAAUCGACCGGAUUUAUUCAGAACAGAGUAUGGGCUUCAAUCAAACGUGAAAUGCUACAUGUAGUGGCAGAAGGAAUUGUCGACGCACAAACCGCUGAUGACAUUUUCGUUGAGACAAUAGUGCGACCGGGCACUCGACCAUUCGCAGCUAUGGAUUAUGUUGGCCUCGACACGGUAGCGAACAUCGAGCGCACAUACGCACAAGAACGUCAUUUAGACACAACAUACACUGUUGACUACCUGCAAAGGGAAUUCAUCGACGUGGGUAAACUAGGGAUUAAGAGCAACAAAGGUGGUUUCUAUCCACCCUCUACAGCAGCAGAUGCCGUGUCCACGAAGCCUAGAAUAUUUGUAUUAGACAAUGGCUUAUCAGGUCAAAUCGACAAUUUGAAGCAAGGCAAGAUACUCGAGUAUUCAUUUGAAGGCGAAUAUAUUCGAACAGUAUUUAAGGACCAGUACCUACCAGAUGGUAUUGCGGUGUCUCAAGAAGAAAACGUCCUGUUCUGGACAUGUAUGGGUUCCCCAGGACAAAAAGACGGCAUGAUAUAUGCUGGAAAACUGGAUGGUAAUGAUAUUCGACCACUUAUCCAACAAGGAAUCGUUCAUACGCCAAAGCAAAUAGUCAUCGACGAAGCAAACAAGAAACUCUACUUCACAGAUCGCGAGGGUCUUUGUAUCUGGCGCUGCGACAAAGAUGGAAGCAACCUUGAACAGGUCGUCGUGACGGGGGACAACAACAACGAAUGCGAUCGACGCGAUGCUACUAGAUGGUGUGUUGGCAUCACUUUUUCACACACCCUAGGGAAAAUCUUUUGGACGCAAAAAGGAGCAUCAAAAGGCUGGCAGGGUCGUAUUUUCAGUGCAAAUAUGACCAUACCGCCCGGCGAAACAGCCGCUCAUAGGAAGGACAAGGUCUGUCUUCUUGAAGGGCUUGCUGAACCAAUUGAUCUGGAUUUUCACGAAUCGACCAAAACCCUGUACUGGACCGACAGGGGAGAAAUGCCCUUCGGCAACACUCUCAAUCGAUUGCGGUUUGAUGAUCGUGGAUAUGCUCUACACACUGAUAGCACACCGCACCUCAAACACGAGAUCAUCGCUAGGAAGUUCCACGAGGCAAUUGGGCUCAAGAUUGAUGCGCGAAACGAACACGUCUAUGUAGCAGAUCUGGGUGGUUCAAUCUGUAGGUGCAAGCUUGACGGCAGCGAUAAAGUAAGAUUGGUUUUCCAGGAAGAUAGAGCAUGGACUGGUGUUGCUUUAGCUUGA